UUCUGUCCUGCUUUUUCAACAGUUACAUCGCAAACCAGAAAAAAUUAGAAAGUAUCAAUGACAAUGAAGUUGGAUUUUACGUUGGACUUAAAAAUCUGACUGUGGUGGAUUCAGGCUUAAGAUUUGUGUCCCGUCAGGCAUUUGUGAAAAACGUCAACCUACAAUAUAUCAAUUUAUCUAGAAACAAGCUCUCAAGUUUGUCCAAGAAGCCUUUUCGCCAUCUGGGUUUGUCUGAUCUGGUACUGGUGGACAAUCCAUUCAAGUGUUCCUGUGAAAUUAUGUGGAUUAAAAAAUUUCAGGAGACCAAGUUUUACACAGAAGCUGAGGAUAUAUAUUGCAUAGAUGACAAUAACAAGCGGACAGCCUUGAUGGAUAUGAAGGUCCCAAACUGCGACUUACCCUCAGCAAACUUAAGCAAUUACAACAUCACUGUGGUGGAAGGAAAGAGCAUCACACUGUACUGUGAUACAACUGGAGGGCCACCCCCUAAUGUGUCUUGGGUGCUCACUAAUCUUGUUUCAAAUCAUGAGAGUGACACAAGUAAGAAUCCUGCCUCGUUAACCAUAAAGAAUGUUUCAUCCAUGGACAGUGGACUGUGGAUAUCGUGUGUGGCGGAGAACAUUGUGGGAGAGGUCCAAACCUCUGCAGAACUGACAGUAUUCUUUGCACCAAAUAUCACAUUUAUUGAAUCUCCAACCCCGGACCACCACUGGUGCAUUCCAUUCACUGUGAAAGGGAACCCUAAGCCCACAUUGCAGUGGUUCUAUGAAGGAGCCAUAUUGAAUGAGUCUGAAUACAUCUGUACUAAAAUACAUGUUAUCAAUCAAAGUGAAUACCAUGGCUGCCUUCAGCUGGACAACCCAACCCACCUGAACAAUGGUGCUUAUACCUUACUGGCCAAGAAUGAGUAUGGAGAAGAUGAAAAGCGGGUUGAUGCUCAUUUCAUGUCGGUGCCUGGAGAUGGUAGUGGCCCAAUUGUGGAUCCAGACGUUUAUGAGUAUGAAACCACGCCUAAUGAUCUUGGAGACACCACAAAUAACAGUAAUCAAAUCACUUCUCCGGAUGUUUCCAACAAAGAGAAUGAAGAUAGCAUCACUGUGUACGUUGUGGUGGGAAUUGCAGCACUGGUGUGCACUGGCUUAGUAAUAAUGCUCAUUAUUCUGAAGUUUGGAAGACACUCUAAGUUUGGGAUGAAAGUUCAUGGUGAAGUAAAAGGAGUUGGUCUGGUAGAUCAAAUAUGGCUUUCAUUGCAAGACUGCGACAUUGAAGGUCCUUCUUCAGUUAUCAGCAAUGACGACGAUUCAGCCAGUCCUCUCCAUCACAUCUCAAAUGGCAGUAACACUCCGUCCUCUUCUGAGGGAGGUCCUGAUGCAGUCAUCAUUGGGAUGACAAAGAUUCCUGUCAUUGAAAAUCCCCAGUACUUUGGAAUUACUAACAGUCAGCUCAAACCAGAUACUUUUGUUCAGCACAUCAAGCGCCACAAUAUUGUUCUUAAAAGAGAACUGGGAGAAGGAGCCUUUGGAAAAGUGUUUCUGGCAGAAUGUUACAACCUCUGUCCUGAACAGGACAAGAUCUUGGUAGCAGUGAAGACUUUGAAGGAUGCCAGUGACAAUGCCCGCAAGGACUUCCACCGUGAGGCAGAGCUGCUUACUAACCUGCAACAUGAGCACAUCGUCAAGUUCUAUGGUGUCUGUGUCGAGGGUGAUCCACUCAUCAUGGUCUUUGAGUAUAUGAAGCAUGGAGAUCUGAACAAAUUCCUCAGGGCACAUGGUCCAGAUGCAGUACUGAUGGCAGAAGGCAACCGACCAGCUGAGCUGACACAGUCCCAGAUGCUUCAUAUUGCCCAGCAGAUUGCAGCUGGUAUGGUUUACCUGGCGUCACAGCAUUUUGUGCAUCGGGAUCUUGCUACCCGGAAUUGCCUGGUUGGUGAGAACCUACUGGUGAAGAUUGGGGAUUUUGGGAUGUCUAGAGAUGUGUACAGCACAGACUACUACAGGGUUGGGGGUCACACCAUGCUCCCCAUUCGCUGGAUGCCUCCAGAAAGUAUUAUGUACAGGAAGUUCACCACUGAAAGUGAUGUCUGGAGCCUGGGAGUUGUAUUAUGGGAAAUCUUUACUUAUGGCAAACAGCCAUGGUACCAGCUCUCAAACAAUGAGGUGAUUGAGUGCAUCACUCAGGGCCGAGUCCUUCAGCGACCUCGCACGUGCCCCAAGGAAGUGUAUGACUUGAUGCUGGGAUGUUGGCAACGGGAACCUCACAUGAGGCUCAACAUCAAAGAAAUCCAUUCCCUCCUUCAGAACUUGGCCAAGGCAUCUCCAGUCUACCUGGAUAUUUUAGGCUAAAGUCUCAUAGUAUUUCUUCUUAUGGGCUGUGUGAAUUAAUGUGUUCUACUGCCGCUGAACUCCAUUAAAAUGUGUUCUUAACUUUGACAGUAUUAAUGACAAAGUUGUGGAGAAGCUUUUAAAGGGCAAGCAAUGUACACUUCUCCAUCUGUAGACACAGUAUUGACUUUUUAGACAUUACUGAGACGUAUCUUUUCUCUCUCUCCCUCUUUCAGUUUCUAUCAUCUUUUUCUUCUUUCCUGUCUUUCUAAUCAAUUUGGCUUCUGCAUUAUUGUAACUCUGCAUAGACAAAGGCCUUAAAAACCUGAUCUGUUAUAUCAGCAGACUCUCCAGUUUGCCCAUCACAACUAACAAUGCCUUGUUGUAUUCAUGCCUUUGAUGUGGAUGAAAAAAAGGGAAAAUAUAUUUGACUCGCACUUUGUGAUGUCUGCUGUAAAGAUACUGAGAGUUUCUAUGGAUUCACCUCAAUUAUUUUGCUUCAGCAUGUGGGUGGAAAAAGAAGACUGGUAUUCUUUACAUGAAGAGUAUUCCUUGCAGAGAAAAAGCCAGAUGGAAACAAGACAGUGUUGUGUGAUCCACUAUCUGGAGAAACUGUGGGAUCAGAUGGCAUCAAACCCCACUGAAAACAUUGAAAUGAUUUGAUGGAAGGCAAGAGGAGGUUUAGCACUUUCCCUGGAGAGUCUUUCUGAGGAGUAAGGGGAUUCGAUGAGGGUCUUAUGAGCUUGAGGAAAAGGCAUCUGAGAUGCAUCUUCUACUGAAAAGCAGGCUCCAGCCUGAAAGCAAACAGGUGGGUUUUGCAAGCACUGAAAGAAUGAAUACAAAAAAAAAAUCACCACCAACAAAACAAAACAAAACAAAACAAAAUAAAAAAAUCCAAACUCACAAAACCUUGAAAUUAUAAUUAGUGGCAUUUUCUUUUUGAUUUACUAGUGAGACUACUAUAGUCAUUUCAGAAAAUGAAUAAUGUUACAAUGCAUUGUGCAAUAACAUAGCAGUAUGUUAAACUUCUAAAGGACCAAAUGUUCUACAGAGCCACCAUUAUGGUAACCUUGAUCUAUGUCAUUAAUGUUCUUGAUAGCUCAUAAAAUGUGUAAUCAGAGUAGACAAGCUAUAAACUGUAGCUAUACAUAUUUUGCAUUUGUUCAUGAAAAGGUGGGUAAGCGUAGCAGAAUGAGCAGAGAAAAAGAAGAAAUUUCUCAAAUCCCAGUAAAGGGUGAGUAUAUGUGCAUAUUCAUCAUGCUUGCACUGUCCGCUAAAUUGUGUACACUCAGUAACUAUGACAAUCAGGCUCAUUUUAAAAGUCUUUCUGGACUGUGCUAUGAACUGAUCAUAUAUAUAAUAUAUAUGUGUGCUUGCAUAUGGCAUAUAUAUAUACACACACAUAGCAUAUACAUGUAUGCCUAUGUCUGUUGUAUUUUAUUUAUAUGUGCAGACAUGCAUGCACAUUAUGUAUGGAUUGUGUGUAUAUGUAUAGAUUUACAUACACCUACGUUAUAACAAAUGAUAAUUAGAGUGCUAUUAAUAAAUUGAUUAAGUCUGCUGAGUAACCAAAAUCAUAUUUUCUUUCGAUGUUUCUUUUUCUAUGUUUCUAAGAUUCAACUUUUUAACUGGUGUGCAGCAGAAGCAAUGUUAGAAUGCUAGAGAUAUAACAAGCACUUUUCUCCUCCAUAUGAUUGCAUAAAAACAUUUCUUCCAUUCCUAUCUCACUUGUUGAUUUGUCACAAAGAAAUGAACAAAUAAGCUUCCAACCUCCAAAAGUAGAGUUUGACUGACUGUCAUUUCUGGGUUUGUGCUAUUGUUGUUUUGUUGUCCUAGAAUAACAGUGCAGCUCCAUUAGCAUUUUAUACUCAUCUGCAGUAGCGAAAUAAUUCCAAGCAUGAGCUGGACUAUUCAGACUGCAACACUACAUGUAGGACAUUGAGAACGACAAAAUUCAGCAGUAAUAAUUGCAGCAGCUGCCACACUGUUCUUCACUCUCAGUUGAUCUACAGAACCCAGAACUGGUGGUGGUGAACAGGUAUUUGUAAAGCAACAGCACCCCAUGAUGCAUGAUGGAGUGUACCCUUUCAAAAAUUACUUCAUUCAUUUUGAUUUGUAAACCAGUAUAUCUGUAUAUUGUCUAUAGUUUAACAAAUAGUGCCUAUAUUUUACUUCCUUCUUUUUCACUUUUCCUUUUUUUUUCUCUCUUUCUUGCUACUUUUUCUUUCAUUCCCUUUCUUCUUCUCUUUCCCAUUUCUUUCCAUUUCUUUCAUCUCCUCUUUUAGCUCCUUUCUCUUUCAUUCUCUUUCCCUCUUGCCUUCCUCCUGUAUACUCUUUCCCACCUUUCUCAGAUACUGUUUUUGUUGUGAUCGAUGUAGACUUUAUAAUAAACACUUUAAAAAGAAAUAAAACAAUAACCCAGUCAAAUGAUCAGGUCACUGGAUGAAUAAGAUGCAGUGCAUAUGUGUUAGACUAUGUCUGAGUUGUUACAGCCUGUAAAGGAAUUUCAAAUACUGCUAUAAAAUGUGAAGGAGGGAGCCGAGGAAGGGAUAGUGAAUAGAUCAGGGUUUCUAAUCAAAGAUGAAGAUUUUGAUAGCACAAGAAGUUGUAUUUUCUUGUUAGGGCUGGGAUGAACCACUGCUGCUGUGAAUCAAGAGGUCCUUUAAGAGCCUUAGUUAAAAGGCCUUUAUUUGGGCUGGGAUGGGGGGUGGGUGAGGGAUGCUACAUUCAUUAUAAAUAUGAAGCAAAAAAACAAACAAACAACAACAACAAAAAAAAAACAAAACAAAAAAGUCUACAUUUGCAGGGAAAACACUGUGAAUUUCACAAUAGCAACCAAGUGACUAUUUUGCCAUCUUUUAAACAUAUGUCUCAGGAGAAGAAAUGGGAAAUGAUGGGUGUAUUAUUUUACUGUCUAUGCAUUCUAGACCAGGUCUGUGGGGACUUUUUUGUUUGCUUGCAGAAGGUUCCGAGUGAUGACUGGCUGAUACUUUAUAAACACCAAGUACUUCAUGCAUGGAUAAUAGAAGCUGCCAGUAGUAAGGCCAUUUGAUUGGAAAAUG